AUGGAGUGCAUAGAAGAACCGGUCCCAGAUAGACCGACGAACAUCAUACAUCACUGUUCGAUCUCUUUCAAAUCCCACAAAUCUCUCAAUCUUCUGAUCGAUCCGGACGAUCCGAAUAAUAUUCGCUGUUCGCCGAUCUCUCGCCAGGACCGAAACGGAAUGGUACAAUUAUCGAUCAAGUGUCAUUUAUACUCGCCAUCGAGUACCGAGAAGUGUUUCGUUAGCUACAGUGGCGACUUCGAAAAUGCGUUUACCGCCAGUAAAAUGUUAAAAAGAGGCAAAGAUGUUUUAAAAGUUAGAAAGAGUAAAACCCGUAGAGAUAACAAAUCCCAUGAUGAUAAAGAUGAUUAUUACAGAGUUGAUGACGAUGAAAGUAGUAGUAGCAGUAGUAGUAGCAGUAGCAGCAGCAGCGGCAGCAGUAGUAGUAGUAAUAGCGGCGUUAGUGGUAGUAGUAGUAAUAAUAAUAACAAAGAUAAUAAAAAAAGAAAUGACGUCAGAGAUGAUAGUGACGACGACGAUGAUGAAGCGAUAACUAUGGAGAUAUGCAGGUUUUAUAACGAACCGGCAAGAGGAAAUUAUGACAGUGAGUAA